CAUAAGCACAGUCGCUCAACGGAACUCGUGAAGAGCACUAGCUUAGCUAGCCAGAUAAAAGAUUGGUGGAAAACACUCUAUUACAAAUUGUGCUAACAAGUUUGCUGUAUGUGUAGGCGCUAACGCAUAAGUGCACGACCAACUCCGGCAAAGUGUUGUUUAUGGAAUUUUCCACGCAAACAUAAAUGAUCACACAUUGCGUGCAUGCAAACGGCUUGUGUGUAUAUUUACUGUAACUACAACUCUUGGCCAACAUUUGUUCAUUCAUAGCGCAACAUAACUCACAACAAGCACAGACAUACGAACAUUCCAGAACUUCAGAAAAUCAGAAAAUGUCUCACCGUCGUCUAUACAUAAGCGCUACACAGCGUCCAAUUGCACCCUUUUGCGAUUGUGCAUUUCCGCAAAGUGUCCUGCUCGCCACUUAUAAAGGAUAUAUACCGGAUUUAGUGCAUUGUCGUUGUGGUGAACGUGUUGUGGAAAAUAAAAGUGAAAAUUCAAAUAAAAUAACUGAGGGUACAGAAGAGCAAACCCCUCAGGCAUCAGUUUGUCAACCGAAUGGUUUACAAUGGAAUUGGGAACAAAAUGAAACAACUGACACUUUGAUCAAAGGCGCUGACAUCACAUUCCAUCCUACCUAUAGUCAGGGCACGGCUAUUGUGCGCAGUGAACGACCACUUAAAACGGGCAUGGUGCAUUUCUGGGAGAUGCGCAUCAUAACGCCACUUGCGGGCACCGAUGUGAUGUUUGGUAUUGGCACCGAUAAAGUUGAACUUAAUCAAUUCCAGUAUCAUUUUGUUUCGGCGCUCGGCACCAACGCACAAUCCUGGGGAUUUUCCUACAAUGGCAAAAUCCAACAUAACGGCGUGCAGCUGCCUUAUGGUCAGAAAUUUUCGCAGGGUUGCAUUGUGGGCGUUUGUUUGGAUCGUGCGCGUGGCACAUUGGAAUACUAUUUGAAUCGUCGUUCACUGGGUGUCGCCUACACGAAUAUACCGCUGGAUCCGGAGGUGAACAUCUAUGCUAUGGUUUGUUCGACAGCGGCCAAGUCAGUGGUGCGCCUGAUAAAUUCCACCUCGCAAGCGGAUUGUCUGCAGUUGCGCGCUUUUAAAGCGCUCUCCAAACAGCCGAAAGACUUGCAGUUACUACGUCAGAUGCCCGGUUUUCGUGGUAUACUGAAUGAUUAUUGGUUCCUAACGCCGCCGUUGCGUUAUUCACGUCGCAAUGCGUCGUGUGAUUUGGAUUUAGCCGAUGAGGCGGUGCUAUCGAAAUCAAGACUGAGCCGAAAGCAGAAAUAUAAAGAUGAUGACUUAGACAUAAAUGAUCUCUACUCAAAUGCGCACAAAAUCGCGAUGCGUCGCAGUCCAGAGAAAGAUGAGGACUUGCAUCCCAGCGAGUUAUUCGAUGAAUACUUUCAUUUCCUUUUCUAAGCGCCCAGUUAAAAAGUAACAAAACAAAAAAGACUAAUUUACGCAAGGAAAAAUAAUUAACAAAACCCCAUUGUAAAAUACCGUUUUCCCACUUAAGCAUUUACAAAUACUAUUUAUGGUUAUUAAAUUUGUAGUAGUGCAAUUAGUAAACGUAAAUUUAAUUAUAAGUUUUUAACGCUAAAGAUAAAACAGUUGUGUAUGCAGGCUCACAAAUUUUCCAUUGCCAUAUUUUUGAUUUUUUUUUUAAUUAAUUUUUAAAUUAUAUUUUUUAGUACUAAAAUUAUGCACAAUGUGUUACAAUUAAACUGUUGCCAGGCAUUAAUUUUUAUUUAACUUAAGCCUUUACAACUGCUGGCAAAUAUUUGUAAUUAGUUAAUUUGUGCGACUUAAUUUGAUAACACUUAAACUCUUUAUGCACUUAGCAUUUGAGAAAUUUGUCGUUUUUUACACUCCUUAACUCUUUUGUUUUUGAUCCGCUGCGCGCUCAAUUCAGUUUCUAAGCAAAAUCGUGCUAAGACACUUGUCGCAUUGUUAGCACCACUUUACUUAUGUGCACUCGUUUAAGUAGCUAAGUAGCUGUAUAAAUAAGCUUAGUUGUUAAGUAGAUUAUUAAUGCAUUUCUAUGGGAAAUGCGCUAAUUUGUUUGUACAUAUAACUCUAUUGUGAGUUUAAUUGACGUUUGUGUUCAAGAGAAAUUUUGCAUUUGCAGCUAAUGCACAAUUAGAACACACAUUUGUUUACAUUAAUUUAUUAAUUACACUUUAUAAAUGACUAAUUUUUUAAAAUAGUUUUUAUAUGCCAAAUAAGAAGAGUUAAAAUAAUAAAUUCUACAAAAAUUUAUUUUUAUUGAAUGUUAAAAGGCGUGUUUUAUUUUGCGAAAUUUUUAUAAAUUUUAAUACAUUUAUUUUAAAAACAAUGACAAAACAAACAAGAAUUUGCUAUGAACAUUCCUAAGUGGUAACAAUCAACCAGCUUCAUUGUCUUUAACUGUCUUCAAUAAAUGAGUCACAAUACACAUUUAUCAUUGACGAAAACGAAUUGGCAUGUGCUGCAAUUAGUUUUCGCGUGAAAUUGUCAUCGAAAACGUGAUACUAUGAGCCGUUUUCGAACAUCAAAUCGUAACGUUUUUGCAUGUACCAGAAAUCGAAAUCGUAACAGUUGUUAUACUCUCGCAACAAAGUUGUUUUGCUCACCUAACGUUUGUUUUUAACACCUAAAACCAAAUAAUCCCCCUUCCGCUUUUUUGUUCUUUAUUCAAUGCUUUAUGAGAAGUGUUACAGUGAUCGGAUUUAGUUCAAAUAUGCGUCGUUUCGUUCGAUAAUCUGUUUCCAUCUCGACGGCAUCUUCAUAAGUAGCUCGUAGAAGCCCCCCUCCGUAUUUGCCAAGAACUCGGACAGCUACUUUUCACAAGCCUCUUUUGAGUUCAACUUUACACCACCAAAAGCGUUCGCCGUAAACAGGAACAGGUGGUAAUCACUUGGCGGUAUGUCCGGGCUAUAUAGGUGGAUGCGAUAAAACCUCCCACCCGAGCUCCCGAGUCAUCAACGAAGUGUGUGGUCUGGCGUUGUCCUGGUGGAACACUGCACCCUUCCGGUUGGCCAAUUCUGGACUUCUGGUACAUUCGCCUGCUUCAAGCGGUCCAGUUGUUCGCAGUAGAUGGUAGAAUUAAGCGGGAUGGGAGCAGCUCGUAGUGGAUGAUCCCCUUCCAAUUCCACCAAUCACACAGCAAAACCUUUCUGGCCGUCAGUCCCGGCUUGGCCGCUGUUUGGGACGAUUCCGAUAUGUGAUCCAUUUAUCGACGCCAGCCACCAUCCGCUUUAAAACUUGGUCGAAUUCGUUCCGUUUCAGCAGCAGCAUAUCGCAGGCAUUGAUUCGGUCCUGAAAGUUUCAGCAGAUAAUUUAAAAUGGUUUAGUGUCUAACUCCCAUCUCCUGGACGAUAUCACGAGAUGCCCCAACCUAUCAAUGUUAUAUAUACCAAAGUGAUCAGGGUGACGAGUAGAUUCAAAAUGGCGAAAACCAAAAAUUUAAAUAAACUUUGCAGAAUAAAUGACAGAAAAGGCCGUACUCAGAUAAAAUUAAGUUCGAUAUGUAAUAUAUUCUUGACACCCAGAUGGCACGGGCGGAAUAUGGGCGAAAUCGGUUUACAACCAGCACUACAUCUCAUAUGACUCAGUUUGGAAUUCCAUCUGAUUUCUUCACUUUAUAGUAAAUAUGUACAUUAGGAACCAAUGAAGAUGUCGGGAAAAAAAUUUUAAGAAAUACUGGUCCCUGAUAUAGAACAUGAAGAACUCAGUGUCUAAGGAUAAGAGUCUUUUUCUUCUAAUAGUGUGUCUCUGUACCAAAAAUGUUUAAAAUUGGGUCAUAAAUUCCCGAGCAACCGAACUUAGCCCUUCCUUAUUUGUUCCUUUUCGCUGUUUGGCGCUAAUUGGUGAUACCAAUAGCAACCAGGUCUUUCUCCACCUCGUCUUUUCAACGGAGUGCAGAUCUUUCUCUUCCUCUGUUUCCAACAGCGAGUACAGCGUUGAACACUUUAAAAACUGGAUCGCUUUUAUCCUUUCGAACAACAUGACCUAGCCAGCGUUGUCGCUGUCUUUUUAUUCACUGAACUAUGUUAAUGCCGUUCUAUCGUCUAGGACUUUACUUUUCAAUUGUCUACUCAGUUCAUAAUAACACCUGCGGCAAAAGUAAUUCUGUGUUGGAUUUCAACGUUCAAUAACUGGUGAAUCUUACGUAGUCCCAACAGUACUAGAAGGGGUUCGGUAGUUCCCGGACUUGCGAAAUAGAACGCCUAUGGGCUAAACCCUUUACUCCGUCCUUUAGUAUUUCGACUGCGGGACCGCAGUUAGACAUUGCAUCACAAGGACAGGUGUUAGCCAAUUGGCUCUUCAUCUUCCAUUUCGGAUCUAAUACUGUCUCAGCGCGUGCCUCUCUUUGAUCCUUUGCCACUCCUUCCUCCAAAACUACUAAGGCUCUCGCAUUCCAAUCUCUUAUUCUGUCCCGUAUCUGCUGAGAUCGAAUCAUAUGCGAUACAAUAUUCGCUGGCGCCAAACGCUCACCUAUGAGUGCCUCCAGUUCAGCACUUUCCCCUUCAUAACGCACACGUUCGAAACAUAUGCAUUUAGCAUUUUCACUCUCGUUGCCACAGAAAGCACAGUCGGUCUUAUCUUCAUGUCCAUAUUUGUGCAGGUAUUCUCUAAAACAGCCGUGACCACUCAGGAACUGCGUCAGAUAGUAAUCUGUUUCGCCACGUUUCACCUCUACCCACUCUUGUACGUUUCUGAUUAGCGAGUGCGUCCAUCUGCCUUUCGAGGCCUCAUCCCAACUUUUCUGUCACUCAAUAAGGCUCGUCCGUCUUUCAUGCGUCCGCUCUUCGUUCGUUAGGCGUCUCCCUGUGAACUAUAUCCAAGUCCAUUCGAUAGGGUUAGAACCAAAGCUCGGUUUGAGCGAGUGAAUCCUGAUUUAAUUGAGAGAAUUUUUGAGAAAGAUUCACCUACUUUUUUCUAAACAUUAUAUGCAAGGUAAAAGAAAUAACCUCAAAAUUAUAUUUAUUUAUUUAAUUUUAUUUGUAAUUUUCAUUGCGCUGGCGCACCUCAAUCAUAUAGUACUUAUGCAUUUGCAAUACAUGUUUAAGUUUAAGAUAGCAGAAUAAAAUUGUUGUUGUUAAAUAUAUAUGUAUAGUAUAAAUUGUGCUGCGUAAAAACUACAAAAUCGAUCAUUUGCAAAAUAUUAAGUAAUUGAAGCAGAAUAUGAAUAAUAAUUUAAAUUAUUAUUAUUAUUAAAAAAAAAAUUAACUCACAAACACAAACCGCAGCGCAUUAAUAAAAUACCGUUUUCCGCUAAAUGACUAACGUAGUGUAUAAAACUAUUGUUUAAAUAAUUAUUAUGUUUAUUAGCCUUUGCAGCCAUUUUGAAAUGUGUAUGAGAAUAAAAUUGUGUUGAAAGCCAAAUUGUAUGAAUUUCAAGCGAAAUAUUUCAACUUUAAUGCUGCUCACUCAUCAUUAUCAACGUCGCCGUCGUAUUCGUCAUGCGCUAAAUGCUUCGGUACCCUUCUAGCUUUCGCAUUCGCCUUAGUCUUAGCCUUCAAACCACCCCCGCCCACACAUGCCUGCUGCGUGCUAAGCGAAAAAACCACGCCCAAUGGCAGCUAAUCUAUAUCAUCGUCAUCA